AUGGGUCUUCCUAACCACUGGAUUAAACUUAUUAACCAAUGUAUUUCUACUGUCUCUUACUCUGUCCUUCUCAAUGGUAGCCCAACAGGGUUUUUCCAACCGGAAAAAGGUUUGAGACAAGGGGAUUUCCCUCUUUCCCAUUAUCUUUACAUCAUAUGCUCUGGAGCUCUGUCUUCUUACAUUGAUAGCCUUCAAAAUAAUGGAACUUUAGAAGGUAUCAAAGUUUGUAAAGAUGCUCCAGAAAUGACACAUCUGUUGUUUGCUGAUGACUCUCUCUUGUUUUCUAAAGCUACCACCCAAAAUUUUCAAGUCAUAAAAGACUAUAUUCAAAAAUAUUGCUUGGCCUCUAGGAAAGAAAUUAAUUUUGAAAAAUCUGGUAUUUUAUUUAGUAGAAAAAUUCCUGAGCAUAGGAAAGCUCUUCUGUCAAACAUUCUUGAGAUCCAGAGCAGGGACCUAGGAGGAAAAUAUCUUGGCACUCCCACUGUGUUCCAAGCCUCUAAAAUCCAAACCCAUAUGGGUAUUCUCCAAGAUGUGGAUGCCAGAAUUUCUAUCUGGCUACAUAAGCUCCUGUCUCAGGCUGCUAGAACUACCUUGGUUAAGCAUAUUGACCAAGUUAUUCCUAUUUUUCAAAUGAGAGCUUUUCUUAUCCCUAAACAUCUUUGUAAACAAAUGGAUUCUCAUCUUUGUAAAUUUUUGUGGGGAGAAACUUUAGACCCAAAAGACAGGAAAUUGCACUUGUUAGGCUGGGAUAUCUUAUGCUCCCCCAAGGCUGAAUGUGGCUUAGGAUUUAGAAAGGCUGAAUUGAAUAAUCUGGCUAUGCUGGCUAGGAAUGCUUGGAGAAUCCUGGAAAACCAAAAUUGUUUGGUAGAAACUGUUCUUAAAGCUAAAUACUUUCCAAGAACUGAUUUCUUGAAUGCUAAGUGCACUGGCAAGUGCUCUUGGACUUGGAAGUGUUUGCAUGCUAUAAAAGAACUCAUUAAGCCUUUCAUCUACUGGAUUGUAGGGGAUGGUCAAUUUAUUAACCCUUGGUGUGAUAAAUGGAUACCCACAACUGGGCUCUGCCACACCUAA